AUGGACAUCCCCUCUCACUGCAGCAGCCUGGAGGCGACAGUGCUCCAGCUGAUGGACGACGCCAACGCGCGCCGCGUCGUGCCGGACCGUCGCGCGAUGCGCUACCAGGAGCUAGGCGACGAGAACGUCGUCCUCGAAGGCACCGAGAGCGAGAACAGCACGCCCAUCUACCGCCAGGCGAAGGUAACGGACGCGAUGCAGCGCCGCCUGGAAAAGGAGUGGUACAACGGACCCAACUUUGUGCAAUGUUUUGAGUCCAUGUGCAAGUCUCGUGGCAGCAAGCGUGCGCUGGCCUACCGCCCGCUAAGUCGCGUGUCGCAUCAGCUGGUGAGGGAGCCGGAGAGCGGGCUGGAGCGGCUGUUCGAGGUGACAGUUUACGACGCGACGCAGUACUUGACGUAUGAUGAUGUGUGGACGGUCGUGCAGAACUUUGGCCGUGGCCUGCGCGAGCUCGUCCUCACUCCCGACGGCAAGGUCGGCCUGUACCUCGAGACGCGCUGGGAGUGGCUUGCGUCGGCGUACGGCGUGUGGUCGCAGAGCAUGGUGCUCGCCACGGUGUACGCGAACCUGGGCAAGGAGGCACUCAGCGAGGCCUUCGCGGAGACGAGGUGCGCCGUCAUCGUGACCGUCGGCGAGCGUGUGCCGUCGCUGAUCGCCAUGAUGCGGAGCGGCGCGAUACCGCACUGCACCCUGAUCUACCUCGACGCGUUGCCGGAGGACAUUGAUGCGACGGGCGUGACGCUGAAGGCGUGGGAAGACGUCGUGAAGGCCGGCGCUCUCUCGAACUACCCCCUCAACCUGCCGACGAACAACGACUCGGUGGCGCUGAUCAUGUACACGAGCGGCACGACGGGCGGGCCGAAGGGCGUCAUGCACACGUACGGCUCCAUGACCGCGGGCAUCAACGGCAUGGGUGGCCGCCUGAACGAGCUGUGCGGGGGUGUUGAGCCCGAUGAGCGCUACUGCUGCUCCCUGCCGCUGGCGCACAUCUUCGAGUUCACGGUCACGAACGUCUUCCUUGCGCGCGGCUGCUGGAUCGGAUUCGGGCACACCCGCACGCUCCUGAGCACGUACGCACGUCCGCACGGCGACCUCGUCGAGUUCAAGCCGAUCUUCUUGAUUGGCGUGCCGCGCAUCUUCGACGCCUACAAGAAGGCGAUGGAGGCGAGCCUGGCACAGCGCGGCGCGCUGGAGCGCAAAAUCUUUGAGCACGCCUUCGCCUCCCGCCUCCGUCACCUGCACGCCGGCAUGGAAACGCCGUUCUGGAAUACGGUGGUCUUCGCCCCGCUGCGCGAGAUGGUGGGCGGCCGCGUGCGCAGCAUGUUCGGAGGCGGUGGCCCGAUCAGUGCCCCAACGCAGCACUUCAUGAACGUUGUCCUUGGCGGCUUCAUCCAGGGCUACGGACUCACCGAAACCGUCGGCAAUGGGCCGAAGCAGCUUGUCGGCGACCUCGAGCCUGCAUGUGUCGGUCGCCUGGAGGUGGCCUGCGAGAUGAAGCUAGUGGACACGCCAGACUACAAGCACACCGACACGCCGGAGCCGCGCGGCGAGAUCUGCCUGCGUGGCCCGUUUCUCUUCAAGGGCUACUACAAGAAGGAAAGUGCCACCAAGUCUGCCAUCGACGCUGACGGCUGGUUCCACACGGGCGACGUUGGCGCCAUCGCCGACCGCGGUCGGCUGCGCAUCGUCAGCCGCAUCAAGUCACUGGCAAAGAACGCGCUAGGCGAGUACAUCCCGAUGGAGAUCCUGGAGUCCCUGUACGCGCAGGUGAGCCUGUGCGUGCCGAACGGCGUGUGCGUCGUUGUCCACUCUGCCAAGCACUACGUCUGCGCCAUCGCGUGCACGACGGAGAGCAAGGCGAUGGUGUUCGCGCGGCAGCACGACAUCCAGUAUGAGUGGCCGGCGAUUCUGAAGAACCCCGACUUUCAGACAGCAGCGACACAGGCGUUCCGCGAGGUCGCCACAACCGCGGGCCGCGGCAAGCAGGAGAUUGUACGCUAUGUCCACGUUGUGGGGGAUCAGUGGACGCCGGAGAACGACAUGCUGACGGCGGCUGGCAAGCUGAAGCGGCACGCGGUGGCGGAGCGCUACAAGGACCUGAUCUGCUCCCUGUACGUUGACUAG